CGUGGGGGGGUGGAUCAAUGCUGGUUGACGUUGUUGUUGCAAGUGGAGAAGAAAUUACUUUGUCGCUGGUGGUCCGGUUGUGGAUUUUACCCUUAGUUCCACUUCUGAAGAUGGUAAAAAGUUAAGAAUUGUUGGUCUUGGAAACGUUUCUGUUAUUUACAAGUUGAACCUUGCUGGGAAACUAAAUAGCACGAUGAAAACGUCAUCUGGGUGGCCUUUCAAGGGAUCCAGUGUCAGUUUCAGAGCCAAGCCCAUUUCACUGUGGAAGUGUUCCCAUAGGAUCUCUCAAACACAGUCAGAUUAAUAAGUGUGGCUGGUAGAGUAAAAGGUAGAGGGCUGCUCCUCCUCACCACCGCCACCAUUUUCCUUCCUGUCCUGUCGGGCAGAGCAGAGUCCGUGUUUGUGUUUCUUUAUUCUGCCUGGACGCAACCCACCAACUUCAAAUUCAUGAUCACAUGACUGUGGAUAUGGACACGGUCCUGUCCGAUUUUGUCCGUUCCACUGGAGCUGAACCAGGACUGGCCAGAGAUCUACUAGAGGGGAAGAACUGGGAUUUCAGUGCUGCACUCAGUGACUUUGAGCAGCUGAGACAGGUGCAUGCUGGGAACCUGGCAUACUCAUUCAGAGAGGAGAGGACAUAUCUACCUCCUGAAAAGGAGAUGGCCAGGGUAGGGCGACCUGUACUCCACCGCCAAGAUGAGGUGGUACAAGCAGCCACAGAGAAGCGCUUGUCGCGGGGAAUUUCCCACGCUAGUUCAAUCAUUGUGUCCCUGGCUCGCUCACACGUCUCAAGCACUGGUGGUAGCAGCAGUGAGCCACUUCUGGAUACGCCCCUGUGCACUUUCCAACUACCAGACCUCACCUUGUACCGGGAUGACUUCCGUGGUUUCAUUGAGAGGGAUCUUAUUGAGCAGUCAAUGAUGGUGGCCUUGGAGCAUGCUGGGCGACUGAACUGGUGGACGAAAGUUGUUCCAAACUGUCAGAACCUGCUGCCUCUAGCAACAAGCGGUGAUGGAAACUGCCUGCUACACGCAGCCUCACUUGGUAUGUGGGGCUUUCAUGACCGGGACUUGAUGCUGCGGAAGUCCCUGUAUGCGCUGAUGGAUCACGGGUUGGAGAGAGAGGCGCUGAAGCGCAGGUGGAGGUGGCAGCAGACCCAGCAGAACAAAGAGUCUGGUCUGGUGUACACGGAGGAGGAGUGGCAGAAAGAGUGGAAUGAACUGUUGAAGCUGGCCUCCAGCGAGCCAAGAAUACACUACAGCACCAACGGCACCAACGGGGCGGAGUCCUCAGACGAACCAGUGUAUGAGAGUUUAGAGGAGUUUCAUGUCUUCGUCCUGGCUCAUGUCCUGAGAAGGCCUAUAGUGGUGGUGGCUGACACCAUGCUGAGGGACUCUGGAGGAGAGGCCUUUGCUCCCAUCCCGUUCGGAGGCAUAUACCUACCACUGGAAGUGCCAGCUGCCAAGUGCCAUCGCUCGCCCCUGGUGCUGGCGUACGACCAGGCACACUUUUCUGCCCUGGUCUCUAUGGAGCAGAAGGACGGCUCCAAAGAGCAAGCAGUUGUGAUACCUCUCACUGACUCAGAGCACAAAAUGCUGCCUCUGCACUUUGCUGUGGAUCCGGGAAAAGACUGGGAGUGGGGCAAAGAUGACACAGACAAUGUGAUGCUGGCAAGUGUGGCUCUUUCUUUGGAGGCCAAGCUUCAGAUGAUGCACAGCUACAUGACAGUCACCUGGCUGCCCCUGCCCUGUGAGCAAGCCCCUCUGGCCCAGCCCGAGUCUCCCACAGCAUCAGCAGGAGAGGAUGCACGCACGCCCCCUGAUUCAGGAGAGUCAGACAAGGAGUCAGUCAGCAGCAGCUCUAAUGGCAACGGUGACACAACCACAGCAUCCACUAUCAAUGGUGGUGGGUUCUUGGCUAAGAACAGCUCCUCUUCCUCAUCUAGUUCCUGUAGCACUGGAUCUGCAGGGGUAGGUACAGGAACAGCACUGAAGGAAAAAAGCAAGAAGGAAAAGGACAAGGAUAAAGACAAGAAGAGGGCAGACACUGUGGCCAAUAAGCUUGGCAGUUUUGGCAAGAGCCUGGGCAGCAAGCUGAGGAAGAAUGUGGGCGGAUUGAUGACAGGAAAGAACGCUGGAGCUGGAGGUGCCAAGCACGAGGGUGGGGAGAAGAAGAAGGGCUCAUUCAGGGGCAGGAUGGGCAGCAAGGAUAGCUCGCCUUCAGCCCACGCCUCCGAGGAUUCUGGGAAAGGCUCACCCUCCUCAGGUAGUGAGCGUCUCAACGGAACAGGAAGCAGUAUGAGCAGCAGUGGUGGGAGCAGUACUGAGAGCGAGACAUACAAGUACAGCGCAGAUGUCAAGGUCAGCCUUGGCAUCCUGCGAGCUGCCAUGCAAGGUGAGAGGAAGUUCAUCUUUGCCAGCCUUCUCACUACCAGCAACCGGCAGCCCUUCCAGGAGGAGAUGAUCCAGCACUACCUGGCUGACGCAGAGGAGCGCUUCAGGGCUGAGCAAGAACAACAGCGUCGUGAUGCAGAAAGGAAGGCUGCCACUAAUGGCAUCCAGCCACCUAGGAAGGAGGUGGUUGGCGGAACAGAGCUGAGUUACCAGCCUUACGAGGCCAAAGAGGAGCUGUCAGAGAACUCGCCACCUUCCUUCCCCCACCUAAAGUCUUCUCCUUUGAGCCCCUCCAUGUACUCUGGUGUUGUGCCCAUCCCUCGGCCGUCCUUCAUAGAUCAGUCUUCUGCUGCAGUACCCCUCACCCAGCAACUUCAUAUGCACAGUUACAUGGAUACUAGGCGCCAGCUAGCUGGUGGCACCCCGGUAGCCACCUAUCCCGGCCUUCCCUCAUAUGCCACUCUUCCCCGAUACUGCCCUACAACGCAGGGUCCCUUACCCCCCCAGUACAAUAGCUCACAAGGACCCUCCUCCCUGAGUCCUUCUCGACUCAUACCCUCAUACCCCCCUGAGUUCGACCCCCCAGACUAUCCUGGGUCUGAACUCACGUGUGGGAGUUACACCAAUGGCUUCCGGGACAUGCGCUCCAACCUAGACUCUCGGAGCGGGCAACCACCAGUCAGACACUAUUCGCUGGGCAGCGCAGGAGGUUUGACCAGCCUGCAGUCCAGCCGCUGUCGGACACCUAGCUGCACCUACUACGGACACCCCGAGACGGGCAACUACUGCUCCUACUGCUACAGGGAAGAGCUGAAGAAGAGGGAGACAGAGCCAAACAUUCACAGGUUCUGAAUGGACCGUGCUAUGGUUUGAAUUUGAUGAGUGGCCUUUUCAGAUUAAAAAAAAAAACGGCUGGGGCGGAUCAUCCUCUGACUGGACAAGAGAAAGGCAACCAGCUCUUCUCCUCCUUUUUUUUUUUUAUUUUUAUUUUUUUAGCUGUGUCACUUCCUGUUGAACAACAUCUGAACGUGACAGUCUACAGAAUAAACAGGGUGGUUUCUGACUGCUGAGGUCACAUGAUAGACCAUAGAAUAAUAGACCAUAGAAUAAACUAACUGCACUUCUGUUACUUUUUGCUGUGGCCCCAAUGCAGGUGUUGUGUAUCUGUGUGUGUGUGUGCGUGCACACACAGGCUCUCCUCCUUUAUUGGAGUUUAAUGCCUUGCUACCGUCUCCUUCUAGUGGAGAGAAUGUAUAUGGCAGGCACCACACACGACACUCAUGAGUACACAUUUAGCACAUGCACACAAACACUAAGUCAGACACACUACUACACUUAGUAAUACAAGCACAACAAGUGGCUCCACUUCAGCUGUGGUCUGUGGACUGUUUCAUUUUUAGGGACGUCACAUUCGGUUACAGUGAUUUCAGUGUUAUACAGAUUUUACACUACUGUUACUAGGUUCUUGCAUUAUAUAUGCAUUGGGAAACAGCAGAGUUAAUUCUCGUCACAUGGCUCUUUCGUUGGUCGCCGUUUGCGUAAUGCAAAUUGAAACGGUGCUAAUGGUUUAACCGUUCUGUCGUCUGCUGUGGUGCUAAUGUUCCAGAAUGCAAACACACAAAUGUCCAUGAUUUUAAUACAUGUGCUCUGCACUGUUGGUAUUAAAUUUCUGGCAAAACCAUUAUCACUUAAAAAUUCUACAUUUUUGUUCAGUUCAGAUAUCUAUACAUUUGGUUAUGGAGAUGUCAACCUGAUCAACCAGGCAUUGUAGAACAAAGCCGAGAUGGCACCAUGGGACUAUGGUAAGAUAAUGUUCCAGAGUAUUUCACUUGUUUGUUUGAAUAUUUCUCUCUCUUAGUUGGGUCUUCCUCUUUCUGUAACAAUAAUUGUUUGGCAUUAGAUCAUUGUGGAUGCAAUACUGCACACAACAAAAGUCCCAUCCAGCACAGCCGGUUUUGCAGAUACAGUACCUGCCACA